AAAAGCCUUCAGAGUUGUAAUAUAGCAGCAAAGAACUUUCAUACAGAUAAGGACAGUCCUCAAAGUUGUGGACAAUUCAUGAGCUGAGAAGGUAAUGUGCAUACAAUCUCUCAAAGGGAAGAAAGGAGCAAGGUUGGGGGACACUAUAGGUGCAUCAGUAAAGGAAGCCAUGCCCAAUGGAAAAGUGAAGAAAGGAAAGGUUGUUUAUGGUUUGGUUGUGCGAGCUGCCAUGCAGCGUGGCCGUUGUGAUGGUAGUGAGAGCAUAUUGCCUAAAGCUGAGUACUGAGGUAUGAGUCCUGUAAACAACACAGAAAAGUGGUCUUCCUCCACCAAAUGCUUAUAGUUAUCCUUGUACCUUUUGUCGUAUGGAAACUUGUUCAAACAAUUGUGUGCAUGCCUUUGUUUACAUUUCUUGGAUUUGAUCAUAGACUGCCAAAUUAGUACUUUGCUGGGUAAUAGUGAAAUCUCUUAAGUUCUACUUAUAACAUGUUGCAUAAUAAGUGGCAAUUCUGCAGUCCUAAACUCUUAAAUGUUGUUUUGUUCCUUAAAUCAGUUCAAAUUUCUCUCUUCUUCUUCUUUUUCUUCCUUUUUUUUUUUUUUCCUGUAUGCAUUUCUUAUCUGCAAACAUGUUCAUGGUCCACCAUUUUGUUGAUUAGAUUUAAGCAAGCAUCUAGUGUAUUUUGUUUGAUUAAAUUUCAUUUUCUUGG